AUGCUCUACCACAUCAACAGACUGGCUUGUUUGGCUACAUCUCUAGCCCUACUUACUUUUGCAAAUGCCCAAUUUGUGACUACAAACGGGCUACAAUUUGAGCUGAAUGGGAAACCAUACUCGUUUGCGGGUGCCAAUUCAUGGACUCUUGGUGCUACAGAUCAAGGCUUCAUCCCCGAUGCCAUCAGAGCGGCUCAGAAUAUAGGAUACACAGUGAUCAGGGUUGGAGCAUGGAUCAUGAAAGAUCCGUCCAACAAUCUUCUAGGGAGUUGGGGCAGCGAUGGCGAAGUCUGGUACCAGUUGUGGGAGAACGGCCAGCCGAGUAUCAACACAGGCGCCAACGGUCUAGCAUUGUUAGAUAGUGCUGUUCAACAGGCCGAGGCCGCUGGUAUCCAGCUCAUCAUGUGCUUGAUCAACGAGUGGCCAAACUAUGGAGGUCAGAUCGACUAUGUCAACAACUUACUAGGUGAUGGACAGUCGCAGGCAGAAUUCUACACCAACCCAACCGUCGUCAACGCCUUCAAAAACUAUGUGAGCGACAUCGUGACAAGAUAUCAAGACUCUCCAGCAAUUUUCGCAUGGGAGCUUGCCAAUGAGGCUCGAUGCGAAGAACCCGAGUGCAACGGCAGCCAAGUCCUGACCACUUGGGCCGACCAAAUCAGCCAGUACAUCAAAUCCAUCGACCCCAACCAUCUGGUCACCUUUGGCGGGUACGGCUUCUUCAACGACGGGGCCGGAGCUCACAAUUGGGAUUUCAACUACGACGGCGCUUCCGGAGAAGAUUUCGCCGCCAUCCUUGACCUCCAGAACAUCGACUUCGGCACCUUUCAUCUCUACACUGACGACAACGGAGCCACCGGACCAGACUACGGCCUCCAAUGGCUCAAAGAUCACAAUGACGCCUGCGCAGCAGCGAACAAACCCUGCGUUUUAGAAGAGCUCGGCGUGAACCGAAACAAUCUCGACGUGCAAAGUGUCAUGACGCAGUACCAAACGUACAUUCUCUCCAGCGAAGCCGAAGCUAUCCAAGGCAGUAUGGACUGGUCGAGCUUCUAUGUCGAUGCAGCAUGCCCCAGUCCCUCAGACCCGUACGCGAUAUGCGCUUCGGAUCCGUUCUAUGGUCAGGUUGUGACGGACUUUGCACCGUCCAUGGCGGCGAAGGCAUGA